AUGAUAAGCGCUUUUGGUAAAAGUAUCGAUUUAAAGAUCAAUGUUCAGUCUGAUGAAAUUGUACUACUGGGCCACGCAAAUGAAGCUGCAGGAAAAAUGCUUCAGGGAUCUUUAAUUUUAAAUAUCUCUGAGCCUAUCAAAGUCAAAUCAGUCAACCUGUCAUUUGUAGGCAAAAUGAAGGUAUCAUGGUCAGAAGGAGUGGGCCAUCAUCAGCAUUAUCACAAGCAAGAACGCACCAUUUUAUCUCACGCUUGGGAAUUUGUCAAACCCCAACUGAUUUCUCCAACAGCAAACAGUAGUCAGAACGCAACUCCACACAAAAAGAGCACCAUUCUAUCAGCUGGACAGCACAAGUGGGAUUUUGAACUGCUGUUGCCUGGCAAUCUAGCACAAACGUUGGAUUCUGAUGUGGGUAGUGUCAGUUACCGCUUGAAGGCCACCAUUGAGCGCUCAGCAUUUGUCCAAAACACAAUCAAGAAGCGCAACAUUCGCAUUGUCAGAUGCAUCCUGCCCUCACAGUUUGAACUGGUGCAGUCAUUGGAAAUCCACAACACGUGGGCUCAAAAAAUGGUGUAUGAUAUCAGUGUGCCCUCCAAACUGUAUGCAUUCAACGACACCAUUCCCAUCUCAUUCAAGAUUCUGCCCAUCGCUUCACAUCUGCGAGUACAUGCGAUAAUGGCUUCCAUCAAGGAGUACUGUACAUACACUGCCAACGGCCAUACAAAGACAGACACUCGCAUUGUUCGUUUGGUCAGAGUCGAUCAUCCCUUCUCGGAAGCAGUAUCCACUACAGCAUCGCCACCUACUUGGGAUCGUGUGCUUGAUCUUCCAGUACCCUCCAAGUCUCCCGUCAUAUUCGCUGAUGCUGAAAAUGACAUGAUCCGUAUUCGACAUCGACUCAAGUUUGUUAUCUCACUAGCAAAUGCAGAUGGUCACAUCUCAGAGCUCCGUUGUGCAGUACAAAUCAUUGUAGUGGAAUCAUUUGCAGUGACAGAGGAAUUAACAACAUUACCAGCGUAUGAUGAAUCAUGGCGAUCUGUGCCCUAUGAUCCCCAUGUUGUAGAGCAACUUCGUACAAGAACCUCCAUUUCAGAGGCAGGCACAAAUGAGCCUAUCGUAUCGGCUGGUGUGGGGUUAUCAUCUACUCGAGAGUUACAAGACUCACGACAGCCUGUUAGCAUCACGGGUUGGUCUCGCAUGCUGUCGUUAUCAUCAGCAGUGGCUGUACCAGACAGAAUUAGCGAAGAGUUGGAGGAGAGAUCAUCGUCUGACUUGACAGCACAUUCAAGGCCAAUGACAAUUCCAGGUUCCAACAGCGGCAGUAGACAUCAUUCAAGAAGACCUUCCAUGGACUUUGAGGAGAGUAGCGCAGGUGAUUUGGAUAUACUAGAAGAAAACUCAUCAUCACCGAGUCGACCCUUGUGGUGGAAUGGUGUUGAUCUAGGCAAGGUGCCCUCAUAUCGCAGUGUAUCUACCCUGAAUCAAGACUUGUUUUCAGCCUCAUUACCACCCGCUUAUGAUUCUUUGGCAGCAGCAUUCGCAAACGCAUCACCUCGUAGACAUUAA